AUGGCCGAACUGGGGCAGCUGGGGCAUUUCUGUCACCUGGUGCUUCUUCGUCGGCAUUGUUCGAAUAAUGCGGUUGAGGAACCCAACGAAAGAUACCUGUCUGUCGAAGGAUUAGGGGCCCAGUGGAGUUUCUGGGAGCCGCUAGCCCGCUAUGCUGAGCAGCCACCCAUUAAGUCUUCCCCUCGCCCUUCCUCGCCCGUUAACGGAGCCGGCGCCGCCGCUUCUGGCGCCAGCGUCGCGCGUCCUUCCUCGCCUACUCCCCCCGGUGGUCCCAGAACUGCCAUCCGUCGCCGCGCGGCUGCCGACCAGAAGGAGAAGAUUGCGAAUGCGCGGCCGAACAGCACGAGAGCUGCCGGUGCUGGCGGUAGCAGCAGCACCAUGCUGAGACUCUACACCGACGAGUCUCCCGGCCUCAAGGUCGACCCUGUUGUUGUCCUUGUUCUUUCCCUUGUUUUCAUUUUCAGCGUUGUCGCCCUUCACAUCAUUGCCAAGCUCACCCGCAAGUUCUCCUCUUAA